AUGGGUACUGAGGCGUCCGCAGACGGCAUGCCUCUUCAGGCUGACGACAACACGAAGAUCGACAAGCAGGCUGAUCCCGACCAUGAUGCUUUGCCGACUGGCUGGAACCUUAUUCGUAAGCGAUUGGAUGUCUUCAAAAUGCUCGAGGGUGGACAAGCAGGUGAAGCGCUACGUUUAGGCACCGAGAUGCUGAAGAAGUUCGAUGCGUCAGACAUUCAGCCAAGUGAAAUGGACCCCUGUGAUCGCCAGCAGAUGGUCAAGAUUGUAAGCAUUUGCAGUGAUGCUUGCAAAUCCCUCGGCAACCAGUUCCAGCGCAGGGCACUGUUGGAGCGUCUUCUGCAGAUGCAGGAGUCGACGAUCAAUGCCACUCUUCCAGAUGAAGCAGUCCGCAUCUUAGACACUCUGCAGCGUUUGGGCGACUGUUACCAUCGGCUGGGCAACAUCCAGAAGGUGGAGAAGGUAACGAAGCGGGCCAUGGAGUUUUGCGAGACCCAUUUCGGCCCCGAUCACGUCCAUUCCAUCCCGACGAUGAGGCUCCUUGCAUCCAUUCGCGAUGACUGGCCAGAGAAGAGGCGGCUCGCUGGACGAUGCGUGGCGAUUGCAGAGCAAGGCCUCGGCUCACAACAUCAGGAUCUCUGGCCCCACUUGCAGCUCUAUGGAAUGGCAUGUGUCGAGCUGGAGGAUCUUGAGGAAAGCCAGGAGGUACUUGACCGGUGCUUGAAGAUCCAGGAACAGCAUUUUGUUUGCACCAACCGCCCUGAGAUUGUACCCACUCUGUUCCAUCUCGGCAGGGCAUGGCUGGGCCUUAGAGACUUCCAGCAAUCAAAGGAGGUCUUGGAGCGAUGCUUGAGGAUUCAGAAGCUAUGUAGCUUGAAGAGCCCGAACCAGGAGGAGGUCUCUGACCAGGAGCUCACCUUCGCAUUACAAGGUGGCACUCUCGUUUAUCUUGGCAUCGCCUUGGAAAGUUUGGGAAACAAAACAGAGAGCAGCCGCUCUCUAGACCGUGCUAUGAAAAUCUUCGAGGAGCACUCCAAAGCGGCCUCGCGCCCGCUCGAACUCGCGCGAGCCCUCGUGAACAACGGAUGUCUAUGCAAUCAUCUUGGUAUGCACAAGCGAGCGAAGGAGCUGACGGAGCUUGCGCUGCAGCUGUUUCGUGAGCACAGGCCCAACGAUCCUGAUGUGAAAAAAGCACUGCAGAUUCUGGCGGAGUCGGAGAACCAGCAGUACCAUGAGGAGCUCCGGGAGCAGCUAAAACGCCACCAAGAGCUCAAGUUCUUGGAGCAAAUAGAGAGCCAAUUGGAUACCCCUGCAAUUCCAGUUCAUGAAAAAGUUCCUGAUGACGCAGAGGCCGGCGAAAACCAGGAUGGUGCUCUGGACGACGGCUGUGCCUGCAACGAGCUCGGUUGGCGGCUGCUACGUGAGGGGAAGAGCCGUGAUGCGAUCGCAGCCUUCAGCCGCGCCUUGGAGUUUGACGUCAAGGAUGUGACGGCCUACAACAACCGUGGAAUUGCUCAUGAACUUGCACAUAUGACAGCGGCUGCCAAGGAAGACUUUGAGAAGGCAGGGCAGUUGGCAAAAGGCGAUGCUGACUUGCUGGCGAAGCUCGAGCUGGCUCGCAAGUGGAAGCCUGUGGGCUGGAAAAGCCGUGGAGAAACCAAGGCGAAAACGAGAGCUGCAGACGCGGAUUUCCUGCUCUCGUUUGCAACCCCCAACACUGACACGAACAACGUUCUCCUCCGCAUCCUGAGCAAGGUAGUCUUGUUCAAUGGUGGUCUGCGUCCCGUGACCUUCUGUCACGACCGCUCCCUCGGCAUGGGCGUGCACAUCGUGGAUGGCGUGCAUCAGGGUCGAACGGACCCCGAGUUUGACAACCUGGACCACGACCAGAAGCCUAGCGAGUUUCCCAAGUGGUUUCAAGAGUACUCGAAGGCAGCUGAAGAGACGAAACAUGGCAUCCUCAUCCUUCAGCUGACGCAUGACUACCUGAAGUCAAAAGCCUGUCGCUGGGAGUUUGGCUACCUACGAAGGCCCGAGCUGAUGCAUGUUGUGGUAUGGGACCACCCGCCGCGCAUCGUGCGCUGGCAGCAGCUGGUGACAGAUGUGACGCUGUGCAAGCAAGUGUGCAUGCCAAAGUACGAUCACAAGAAAGAGUUCGGUCAAUUGUGGCAAGCAAUCGAGAAGGAAGUGCCAGCCGACCGAAAAGCUGCCCUCAGUUCCGCGAUCGAGCUUUUCUUCACCGUAAUGAGGCUCGAGAAUCUAGCUUCCCUGGUGCGUGAACAGGAGCAUCAAGCCUGGUGCGAGCUGCCUUUCCGAGAAUUAGCUCACGUGCUGGCAUCCACUGAAAGUACGCUUGCCUUGGGCACAGGUUGCCCCCUUGUGCAUGUCUUGCUUGAGACUGGGCAGCUCCAGAGAGCGCAGGGGUUGGGGGGCGAGCUUCUGCGUGAAUUCGACGUGGAUGAAGAGGAAGGGUCGGAAGAGCUGGUCCGGAUGCAGCGCUUUAUGGGCAAAGCUCGUGGAGCCCUUGGCGAGCACCUCCAGCAGAAGGAGAUUUUGGAGAGAUGCGUACAGAUGCAGGAGAGGAGGUUCGGAGUCGAUCAUCCCAAAGUCCUGACUUCUCUGAAUGACCUUGCCAAUGCACAUGGCCAUCUUGGAAAUCAUGCCAAGCAGCUUGAGCUGCUGGAGCGAGCCUUGAAGAUUUCUGAGACCCACCUCGACCCGAGCAGCACAGAUCAUCUUGAGGUCCUCAACAAUCUCGCCCAAGCACAUGGUAAUCGUGGCGACAUCCAACAAGAGAGGGAGCUCUUAGAACGCGGCAUCCGCCUUGCAGAGCAGGAUCCAGAAGGGCAGAGUAGCCAGCUGCCCAAGUUGUUGACGAGCUUGGCCCUCAACCGAGGAAAGCUUGGAGAUCUGCAGGGGAAGAAGGAAUUGCUCCAGCAGGGGUUACACCUCCAGGAAAAGCGACUCGGCCAAAACCACCCAGACUUGAUAGUUGUCCUGCCGAAGCUUGCUCGUGCAACUCACCAGACUGGCGAUCGCGACCAGUGCAGGGAGUUGCUCAGGAGGUGCCUUCGAAUCACAGAGAUGCACUUUGGCGUCGAGCAUCGCAAUGUGGGCACCGUUCUGGAUGACCUCUCGAAGAUUUGGGGUGAGCUUGGCGACGCCCAAGAGAAGAAGGAGAUGCUCUUGAGAGCAUUGAGCAUCUAUCAGGCUCAUUCUGAUCACGUCAAUGUCGGGAGAACCUUGGUCAAUCUGGGAGCUGCUUGGGCGUCGCUUGGUGACUGGCACCAGAUGAAGCAAGUGACCCAGCAGGGGAUGGAGGUUCUGCAACAGCACCUGGGGCCCACGGAUCCAAAGGUGGCUUUCGCCAUAAGCAACUUGGGGGCGGCAUGCCUAGUUUUGGGCGACUACUCCAAGAGCAAGGAGCUUCUUGAGCGAGCUCUGGAAAUCUCGGAAGGCAGCCAGGCGCAGGAACCUCAUCUGCCAGCCCUACGGCAGAUGUUCCACAACGCCUGCCUGGCUCUCGAAGACAGCAAUCUUCGACCCCAGUGCCAGCCGGAGCCAGGGGAGCUGAAGGUAGCCAGAGAGACGGCGCCAGAGAACCGCGUGCAGAUCAAGAAGGUUCACGUUGCAGAGGCCAUGAGCGUGGUGGAAGGCAAUGUCGGCUGGGACCCAGCCAUGGAGAAGUGCUUAGGCCAAGAAGGAGUGGUGAUUGUGGACAAGACCAGGCGAUUGAAGAUCAACGUGGCAGAUGGCGGCGCCUGGUGGUGGCCUGUCAAGCUCCUUGAAGGUGCAAUCCUAUCUUCCGCUCGCAUGGAG